UGACUGCAUGGUCACUUCUCCCAAGUGGUGCUCAUCGUCCUUAUACUAUUAAAAGGGUAAGAUAAAGGGAUUGGUUGACCUGUAAUCUGUCAUCACAACGAUAUCGUGUAUUGGACUAAGAAUCCUGGUCUCUGUCCUUGGACGGAAGCGCUUAGAAGGGUCUGUGACGAUGUAAUGCGUUCGGUACCUCGCUUCGCCAACACCUGGUUUCGAAUAUCAAAUUGACUUGAUCUUACGCUUGUGCCAUUGCUGAAUUUUCUCGUUUGCUUUUAUUAUUAGACUUACACUGUUCCCAAACUCCAACUUACAGACAACGGGGCCUCUGGUAAUGGGUUUCACAUGGUGACAUGGCGUCAAGUGACGAAAGACUAUCGAAGGUCUCAUUUACUCACCGGAUCAUCGCUUCUUCAGUUGGUGGUAUAAUGACAGCGUUUGUUAUGACGCCUCUGGAUGUUGUGAAAGUCCGAAUGCAGUCUUCCAGGGCAUACUCCGAAACCAAGUGUCUUAUUUAUUGUAAUGGACUAGCUGAACGCCUCUCCGCCUGCCCGUUGAGCCGAAACACCUGUUCUUUGUCUUGGUCAGAGCGUGCUAUGAAGUGUGCAGGGAGGUGGAACUUAUUUACCUCGAACGAAUCACAUUGUUGCUCCACAUGCAUUCCUCACUAUAAUAACCAAUCUUUUGUUUCAUUUUCCUGCCGCUCCCCUAGCGUUUCAGAUACCGUCCUCAGAAUUAUUCGUAAUGAAGGUAUUUUAUCUCUUUGGAGUGGACUCUCCCCAACACUUGUUAUGACACUUCCUCAAACUGUUAUCUACUUCACUGUCAAUGAUUGGCUGAAAUAUCAUGUUGGAUAUACUUCUAAGACUGUCAACAAAUCACCAGUAAUGACAAGUGGAUCUUUCCAAAACUUCAUCUCCCCUAAAGAUUUCCUCCCUCCAUUAGUUGGAGGUGUGUCUCGAAUUUUCGCGGUAAUGGCUGUAUCACCAAUAGAAUUGUUACGUACAAAAAUCCAAGCUAGGAAAGUACUCUACCGAGAUAUAACAUCGUUAGCUGUUACAACAGUGAAACAGGAUGGUCUGAAAAGUUUGUGGUUAGGUGCUGGACCAACUCUGUUACGUGAUGUUCCUUAUUCUAUGGUAUUUUGGUUAACUUACGACUAUAUGAAAUCUGGGUUUAUAAAUAAACAGAUAAGAACGCAUUUGUUGUCGAAUAGUGAAUUGCCUGCCACAUUUGACAGAGUUCACUUUUCGCAUGCAUUUGGUUUUGGAGCAGCUGCUGGUUUUAUUUCUGGCGUAUUAACACAUCCAUUCGAUGUGAUUAAAACUCACAGACAAGUUGAUUUCGGAAAGUAUUCGGUUUCAUUUAAUCAUCUUCACCCAACAUCAACGUGGACAUUAUUGCAUAAUUUGUAUAUUAAAAAUGGUCUUCCUGCCUUGUUUUCUGGUUUCACACCUAGAAUAAUUAAAACAACCAGCGCUUCUGCAAUAAUGAUUGCCGUCUUUGAAAGUUUAAAAGAAAAAGUUGUAAAUAUCGGAACAAGUUAAAUGAAGAAAAAAAUUGAGGUCAACUUAUUCUUGAAAAAAUCCUUCACAUUACUCAAGUUUACUGUUACGUGACACUACAUUGAUCAUUUUAUUUUGUAUCGCGUUUUAGUUUUUAGUGACAACAUUGAAUAAAAUGACUAUAGUUCAUGUAAUUUGUUUCUAGAGAAUUUUUAUUUGCAACAGGAAGGCUUUUGAAAAGACAAUAAAUUGGGAUAGCUGAGUAUGAAACUAGUAAUUUGUGCUUUUUCAUUGAAAUCAAGAACUGAUUUGAGUUAAACAGCCAUUAAAAAUUUGAAAGCACUGGAUGACUGUUUCGUUCUGGUAUGGGACUCAUCACAAGCGCGCAUCCACAACACCACCACUGAAGAUCGAAUGCUUAACUUCUAGACAAAUGAGAUUUUCAAAGAUAUUGGGUUCGAUCCUCGGUCGCAAAGUCGCGAAACCGCACCGCUCAAUACCACACCAGGACGGAACGGCUGUCUCGUGCUUACAUGCUCAACUUAAAUCAGUGUGAUUUCAAUGAAAUUCGGCCAUUCCCACAACUCCAUAAUGACAAUUUCUGCUUUACUUUGGAGUACAUCGUCAACAUAUUUGUUUGUAUUCCUAUGAGCCACCAGUUCUCUCUAAAAAACCUGGCCUCUCCGAGUUGAGGACGUUAGACGACUCUCUGUGUUCGAUCAUCGCUGUCUCCGAAGGAUUGCUGACAUUCAGUGGCAACACCAUGUCAGUAAUGCAGAGGCUCGGCAUCGUGUGUUCGGGCACAGAGGUGAUAAUUCAAUUGGUGUUACCAUCUUGAAACACCGACUUUGUUGGCUUGAACAUGUUCUACGAAUGUCGUCCCAGAGAAUUCCACGUCGUGCAUUAUUUGCCGACUCUGGGACUGGUUGGAAGAAGCGGAGAGGUGGUCAGUGUAUGACAUUGUGUCGUGGUAUGAAAGACAGCUUCAAAGGGCUGGCUUGUGUUGGUCCUUCACGACUCCUAGAGAUGGUGCGACAGAGUGGCUAGAGACGUUAUUAGAUAUGGCUCAGAAUAGAAGCCAGUGGCGAUCCUGCUGUAACCUUCUUUUACUUUCUUCAUAAAAAGUGGUUGUGUCUCCCUUACCUGAAAGAUUUCUUCCGAUUGUACCUUUGCGUUCCCUGAUUACUAGCACAUUACCUUACACCAAUCUCUUCGUUAUUGUUCUCUCUUUUUUUGUUGUUGCGCUCCUUAGCUUUUUUUUUCUUCUUUGUAUUCCUCUCGAAUUUUCAUUGUUUUGUGUGGCGCAUAUAUAUUGGCGCUCUCUUGUACCAAUAUUCAUGUGUCCAAAUAAAUAAUAAUAAUAAGUUAUUUGAGUU